AUGUCUUUAAGGAUGAACAGCGGAGUGAAUUUGGCUCAUGGGAAUGUUGUUGAUGGAAGCUCACACAAAAGAGUAAGAGGGCCAACAUAUAUGCCAAGUAUUUGGGCUCAAGAAGAAGGGGAUCGUAUUCCACUUCUGUUCAAUGAAUAUGGCCAACCAGUUGACAAGGAAACUACUAAUAGUUUGAGUCAUUUCAUGGGAUCUUUGGCAAGAAGUGGAAAGUAUUGUCCAGUUGAUAUUUCAUGGCAUCAAACAAAAUUUGAUCUUCCACCGGGAUCUGAUGAUUGGAUUUUAAAAUCAUUUGCAAAUAAUGUGAGAAAUUGGAGGCCAAGAAUAAAGAAAGAUUACUAUGAUCCAUCUCUAUCACUUCAAGAGCAAAUAAAGUCUAAGCCUAAGAGAGUUCGUCCGGAUCAAUGGAUGAACCUUAUCGAUAAUUGGAACAAAGAAGAGGCUAAGAAAAUCAGUGAAAGAAAUAAGACUAGUAGGGGAUAUAAGAAGAUGAUGCAAAUUACAAGGAAAAAAAGUUAUGCUCGAGUUCGUGAAGAACUAAAGGUAAUGAAUCUUCGUUUGGACGUGAACCUAGUCGAAUGGAGUUGUUUGUUGCAUGUUUUUUCUAAAAACGGCAUUGCCAAAAAUGUCGAAGCUGCAAAUGCUAUUGAACAAAUGCUAGACCUUAACUUUCAACUUCCCGAGGGCUCACUUGAUAAGCCGGGGCCUAAUGAUGUAUUCUCAAAAGAGAUGGAGAACAUGUUGUGGAAAAGAGCAUAUAAAGAUGUUAGCAAUGAAGUAGCUGAGCUGAAAGCUAUGGUAUUAGAGAUGCAAGGGUCAAAUGAAAAUAUUUCUAGUAAUUCAAGUGUUCCCGUGACAUCAAUAAAUCAUCCUAAAGCUACUACCGAACUUCAACCUCUAAAGGUUGGGGAUGUUGUUCAUCUUAAGAGCAUCAUAAAUUCCAUGGAAAUUGUGGCAAGAGGACGUGUUAAGAACUUAGAUCCAGAUGAAUUGGUUGGUGGCGAGGAGAUUGGUCCAAAUUGGUGUGAGGUUGUGCAUGACGAAGAUUGA